AUGGCUGAUCAAGAGAAAGUCGUGGUGCCCGAGCCUGGUAUUGAUGAGAAGGUGUCUUCAGAUGAUGAUUCGCAAUCGAGAGAGUGGGAUGAGAAAGAUGAGGCACGCAUUAGGAAGAGAAUGGAUUGGCGUAUCGUACCGACGGUCUUUGCUCUGUACUUGAUGUGUUUCAUUGAUCGAGCCAAUAUUGGAAAUGCUCGUAUUCAAGGACUGCCAAAAGAUUUGAACUUAUUCGGCUAUCGAUUCAAUUGGGCACUCACAAUCUUCUACGUCGCAUACAUCGUCGCAGAAAUCCCAUCAAACAUCAUUUUGAAGAUGGUCGGCGGCAGAUUCUACCUUCCAUCGCUCGUCAUUGCAUUUGGUCUCAUCUCCAUGUGCACCGCCUUCGUCCACAACUACGAAGGGCUGCUCGCAUGUCGAUUUUUCCUCGGCCUGGCAGAAGGUGGAACCAUGCCUGGUAUCGCGUACUAUCUGUCAUGCUUCUACCGACGACAUGAACUUCUUCUGCGACUCGGUCUGUUCAUCCAAGGAGCCUCACUCGCAGGAGCUUUCGGUGGUUUACUCGCAGCUGGAUUAUCGCCAAUCCCAAAAUGGGGAAUCGCAGCUCGGCCAAUUUAUGCGUGGAGAAACAUUUUCUUCUUCGAAGGCCUCUUCACACUGCUCGUGUCUUCAAUUGCUUUCUUCGUCCUCCCAUCAAGACCGGAUGAGUGCAAAUUCCUCACCCCAAGAGACCGCUACAUUGCACUAGAACGAAUCAAUCGCGAGCACAAGGAGACGGCAGACGAAAAGACAAAACCACAUCACGUUCGCCGCGCGAUUUUCAACAUCAACAACGUCAUUUGUGGGCUUGGUUUCUUCUUCAUUAACGUCUCGGUCCAGUCAUUUUCUCUGUUCCUACCAUCCAUUCUCUCGGCGCUGGGAUGGACAGCUUUGAAGACGCAAUUCUAUACCGUACCACCAUACGCCUUUGCAUGUCUCUGGUCUGUUGUAAUUUUCCGAGCUAGCGAUCACUAUCGCCGUCGUGGUAUAUUCCUCCUCUUCGGAUGCGGGCUGGCCAUCAUAGGAUACACCGUGAUCGCGAAUGCAAAGACGAACUCUGUGAAAUAUUUCGCAGUUUUCUUGGCCGCAGCGGGAGCAUUUCCUGGAGGUCCGACAUUGAUGGCAUGGGGACUCAACAAUGCAGCGGGACCCAGUAUUCGAGCGGUAACAGGUGCAUACAUUGUGGCCAUGGGAAGUGGAGGUGCAAUCCUGGCUACGUGGACGUAUGUUGAUAAGGACAAGCCACUCUACAGGAGAGGUCACUAUAUCAACGUUGGAUCUCAAAUUAUUGCUGGAAUUUUGGUAGUGAUCGGGAUAUUCUAUACAAAGUGGGAGAACAAAAAGAGAGAGCGUGGAGAGAGAGACCAUAGAUUGCUGAACUUAUCGGAGCAAGAGAAGAACGAGUUGGGAUACAGACAUCCAGAAUUUAGGUACAUCUCUUGA